AUGAAAGACCUAGGAGAAUUGAAAUACUUCUUAGGUAUAGAGUUUGGUAGAUCAAAACAAGGAAUUCUUAUGCACCAGAGGAAAUAUGCUUUGGAACUUAUUUCUGAGACAGGAAUUGCAGCUGCUAAACCAGCAAUUACACCAGUAGAUGCAAAUAUGCAACGUACAACAACAGAACAUGAUGAACAUCUCUGGAAAACUAAGCCUACUACUUUGGUGGAUGAAGAACUGUCAAACUCAACUCCUUAUCAAAGGUUGAUAGGUAAGCUCAUGUAUCUAACAAUGACAAGGCCAAGCAUUUCAUAUAGUGUACAAACACUAAGUCAGUUUCUGCAAAGACCAAAGAAAUCUCGCAUGGAUGUAGCUCUACGAAUUGUAAAGUACAUCAAGAAUAGUCCAGGACAAGGAAUACUACUCUCCAUUAAAUUCAACAGCAAUAUUUCAGCAUAUUGUGAUGCAGAAUGGGCUGGCUGCUCAUAUUCAAGAAAAUCUGUUUCAGGUUAUCUAGUCAAGUUUAGACACUCCUUAAUAUCAUGGAAAUCAAAGAAGCAAACUACAGUUUUAAGAAACUCAGCAGAAGCUGAGUAUAAAAGUCUUGCAACAACUGUGGCAAACUUAUCUAGCUAA